UGUCGUUGAACAUGUGCGACCCAGUUUUGAAGAAGCAAAAAUGGACUUGCGAUUAUUGCACCUACGAAAACUUCCCCUCCGCCAUAAAAUGUACCAUGUGUAAGGGGGUUAAACCAAUGGUCAAUGAGGAUAUAUUUCGACUCAGUCCUCCCCAGUCAUCCUAUGUGGGCGAUGCUGAGGCCCAUGGUGCAGUAGCCGAGGUUAUUGAUUCACAACCAUUGGGUUUGAUCGCAUGUUCUCGCCAGGAUACGCAAAAUUUAACAGAUGAUGUGGUGGUAACGUCAAACGAUGCCGAUUGCAAGUGGUCCUGCAAAAUGUGUACUUAUAAGAAUUGGCCCCGGAGUAUACGAUGCGUUCAAUGCUAUACCAAGAAAGGAACCACAGCGACAGAUACAAGUCCCUCACGUGAAAUUGGUGCCACCUCAGUGGCAAGCCAGCGUUCAUCACCGAUAAUGGCACAAAGUGCAUUAGAACGCGAUAUUAUAGAUACGAAAUCAUUCAUAGACUCGUGCUCCCCAGCGGAGGCGAUUAGCAAUCAGAAUCAGAUACAAGAGAGGCUAAGUAAAAUGCAAAUAGCAACAAAUAUAGAUGCCGAAAUGAAUGCCAGCAAUAGUGCGGCCAGUGCUGCUGGAGCGGCUGCGCAACGUCUAAGUCCAAUCGAGGGCUCCUCAACUAUACAUCUCAAUAAUCUCGCCAAUAAUAGUUCAGUCCAGACACAAUCCGCCACCACAACCACCUGCUUAUCAUCCACCUCGUCUAACACACAGCUAGCAUGCUACACCAAAAAAUGGGCCUGCAAUACUUGUACUUAUGAAAAUUUCCCAAAAAGUCUCAAAUGUUCCAUGUGUGGCAAUCCUCGUGAUAAUAAUAGUUCAUCUUCCGCCACUGCCAAUAACAGCAUUGAAAAUAAUGCCAGUGCAGCAAGCGGCGGUGGAGGAGGUGUUGGAAAUAGUAAUAAUCAAAGUAAUGUAACCUGUAGUAGUGAUAAAAUGAAUGAUACCGUCUCAUCGAAUAAUUCCUUUAACAAACAACAAAAUAUUUAUCAACUUGGUUCUGAUACUAUUAAUAACUGUGAUACAAUGCAAGAACGUCAGGAACGUCGAAUACGACAAAUAAGACGUCAAGUUGAUUGGCAAUGGCUGAAUGCCUGUUUAGGCGUCGUGGAAAACAACUACAGUGCUGUUGAAGCGUAUCUUUCGUGUGGCGGCAAUCCGGCCCGUUCCUUAACCAGCACUGAAAUUGCGGCUCUAAAUCGUAACUCUGCAUUCGAUGUGGGCCAUACCUUAAUCCACCUGGCCAUACGAUUUCACCGCGAAGAGAUGUUGCCUAUGUUAUUAGCACAAAUUUCCGGCUCUGGCCCUGGUAUCAAACGUGUACCGUCAUAUGUUGCACCCGACUUGGCAUCAGACAUACGCCGACAUUUUGCCAACAUGUUGCGAAUGCGAAAGUCUAUGUUUCCCUGUACAUAUGUUCAAGAACAUGCCACAUUUGUAUUACCGGCCGAAAUAGAGGAGUUGCCAUUACCCAUACAAGAGCAAUUGUACGACGAACUGUUGGAUCGAGAUGCCCAAAAACAACUUGAAAAUCCUCCGCCAGCCUUAAAUUGGUCCCUGGAGAUAACAGCACGCCUGGGAUCCCGAUUAAUGGUACUUUGGAAUCGGAGUGCCGGAGACUGUCUCUUAGAUUCUGCUAUGCAGGCCACAUGGGGGGUCUUUGACAGAGACAAUAUACUACGCAGGGCAUUAGCAGAUAGUUUACAUCAAUGUGCACCGAUAUUUUAUUCUCGCUGGAAAGAGUAUGAAAUGGUGCAGGCUUCUAUGUUACAUUUCACAUUGGAAGAAGCCCAAUGGCAAGAAGACUGGUCCACAUUACUGUCGUUAGCUAGCCAGCCGGGUGCAUCAUUAGAACAAUUGCACAUUUUUGCAUUAGCCCACAUUCUAAGGAGACCCAUUAUUGUUUAUGGCGUUAAAUAUGUGAAAAGUUUUCGUGGAGAAGACAUUGGUUUUGCCAGAUUCGAAGGUGUAUAUUUACCUUUAUUUUGGGAUCAAAAUUUCUGCAUAAAAUCACCAAUUGCUUUAGGUUAUACCAGGGGACAUUUUAGUGCAUUGGUACCAAUGGAACCAUAUGCGCGCAUUGAUUUGCGUCGUGAUGAACCUGAGGAUGUCACCUAUCUACCAUUGAUGGAUUGUGAAUCAAAAUUAUUGCCAAUACAUUUUCUCAAACAAUCGGAGAUGGGCCGUGAAGAAGCCAUAAUGCGUCAAUGGCUUGAUGUUUGUGUUACCGAAGGUGGAUUAUUGGUGGCCCAACAGAAACUACGCAAACGUCCUCUAUUGGUUGCCCAAAUGUUGGAGGAGUGGUUAAAUCAUUAUCGAAGAAUAGCACAAGUUAUAACAGCUCCUUUUGUACGUAGACACCAGCAAAUUGGUUAUUCCAGCGAUGGUGAUUCUGAUGAGGAGUAAAGUAGAGAUAAUUGGCUAGCAACACUA